UGGAAGGGGGAUUUUAGGAUUGAUGCAUUAGGCUGAGUUGAAGCAAUUAUUUUAAUAAUUUUGAUAAUAAGGAUAACGAUCAAUCACGUCAAGAUGAGGUGACCAAUUCUAUUUUAGACUUAUCCUUAAUUGACGAAGGAAUCUUGAUUUUUUUUUUUGUUUUUUCAAACUCUGUUGCUGCUGUUAUGUAGACGUACAUGACACCUGACAAGGUCAAAAUAAUUAAACAACUCAGUUCUCUAUUAGCAUGUCUAACAUGUGCAAGUUUUAACAUGCAACAAAACAGACACUCCACACGAUUAUAAAGGCCUCUAGUAGUUAUAUCUCUUGCAUGCAAAACAAAAAAAAAAAAAAAAACCCUCUAGCAACAUUUUUCUUCUCUUGAAACUUGUUUGUAUGGUCAUUGAUUGUGAUUUUGGAAGAGAUGGAUUUUAAGGAGACAUUCUUCAUAUCUCAUGGACCGCCAACAGCAUUGACCGAUAAGUCGUCGCCAGUGAGGCAUUACAUGGAAUCUUGGAAGGAGAAGAUACUCCGGCAGAAGCCUACCUCCAUUCUGGUGGUUUCUGCUCACUGGCGGACUGCUGAACCCUCCGUUAAUGUCGUUGAUCGCCACGACACCAUAUAUGACUUUGUGGGCUUCCCUGAAUGUUUAUACAAGCUGAAGUAUCCAGCACCAGGAGCACCAGAAUUGGCAAAAAGGGUGAAGGAAGUGCUCAUGGCUUCCGGGAUCAAAUGCGUCGCAGAAGACAACAGCCGCGGACUUGACCACGCUACCUGGGUGCCACUCAUGCUCAUGUAUCCGGAGGUUGAUAUUCCGGUGUGUGAGCUCUCUGUGCUGACAGACAAAGAUGGAACUUACCAUUACAAUAUAGGGAAGGCAUUGGCUCCCCUCAAGGAAGAAGGCAUCCUGAUCAUUGGUUCGGGAAGUACUACUCACAACUUGGGGUCUCGCCUCGAAUCUGAAGAUGGUUCGUUUUCUUCUUGCGCAGCAGAGUUUGAUGACUGGCUAAAAGAAGCCCUCCUCACUGGAAGGUUUGAAGAUGUGAAUCACGACGAGGAAAAGGCGCCACACUCAAAAAGAGCUCACCCAAAACCAUACCACUUCUUGACAUUGCAUGUAGCCAUGGGUGCUGCGGGUGAAAAUGCAAAGGCAGAACUUAUCCACCAUAGCUGGAGCCAAAAUACCGGCCGUUCCUUGGCCGCCUACAAGUUCAUGACAAGUGCAUGACCUCUCCUUCUCAAAUAGCAGGUUGAGCGUUCAAGCCCUGCUAGGGGUAAUAUUGUAAAGUGCAUGCGCAUGUCCUCUAGUUUUAGAGAGAAAAAAAAUACAAAAUAAAAAUCUUGUUAAUAAGAGUGUGCAUCUUUUUAUAAAAUUUGUAUAUUUUGUUGUCAUUGCUGAUUUUCUGUCUAAUCUUUUUUCGAAUAAAUCAGAAUGUUGUAU